UUUUGAGUUUCUCGUACUAAUGGCAUCUUCUUCUUCAACUCUGCUGCUUCCAUUAGGUAAAAGCCCAUUUGAUAGCUCUCAAGGGAUUUGUAGUAGGAAAUUUUCAAGUGGGGUUGUGAGAUGUUCUAAUUUGGAACUCAAGGCUUCAAAUUGCGAUGAAAUUAAGCUAAGUAAGAGAAGAAGGGAAGUGAUUGGAUUGAUGCUUGGAGCUUCAAGUCUGUUUGUUGAGUCAUUUGCAGCCAAUGGAGCUGGGUUGCCUCCUGAGGACAAGCCUAAGCUCUGUGAUGUUGCUUGUGAAAAGGAGCUUGAAAAUGUAUGGUGAGAUUACCUACCCCUUUAUCUGUAAACAAUUUUUUUUGGGUAUUGUUUUACUAUAUUUGAUAUGUUUACCACUUAGGCAGACCAAAUUAGGAGUAGGACACUAUAUUAUCUGCAUGGGUAUUGUUUUCUUUCUUUCACUUGGAUUGGUACUCUCAAAGAAAAAAGAUUGGUAGUUUCUGUCAAAGGAGCAAAGGAAGCUAUUUGCUUAAUUGAGAAUUUCUAAGAAAGGUAUUUUAUUCACUUUCAUAAUUUGAUUAAUAUCUAAAUCUUAAUUUAUAUAUAAAUUAAUUUGUUGAUGCUGUCUGUUUUUUAUUUUUCUGCUUGGGAUUUUCUGGGUUAGAAUCGGUUUAGAAAGGGGUGCUGCUGGGUUUUAUUUUCUGGG